UAUAGUGGCCAUGUAUUAGACAGAAAACCUAAUGAUUAUGGAUUUGGUCAACUAAAAUUUGAAGUUGCAUUUGAUCUCUGUAUAGUGUGGCUGAUUGUGUUUUUAUCAUUAUGUCGAGGCCCAAAAUCAUUGGGAAAGGUUGUUUUAAUUUUGGGUAUUAUGCCUUCUAUACUGUUACUUCUUGUCACUAUGAGAAUAAUAGAACAAUGGGGUGAAGGGAUUAUGGAAAUCCUUCCGUCUUCAUGGAAAGUUUCCAUGACUGAUUCUCAAGUAAGAAUUAUAAAAUAUUAUGAUCCUUUGCUUGCUCAAAUAUUAACAGCUUUAAUAUAUUUUGACAGAAACGUAGCUAUUUUAAGUGUUGCUUCAAUUUCAAUACUUUUAAUAGCAUCUUUGUUAUUUGCAAGUAUUAUGAAUAUUUUUCCUGCUAAUGGACUUAAUCUUCUUCCUACUUCUUAUGAAAGUGAAGAUUAUGUUAAAGUUCUUAAAAAGUUUCCAACUAUAAAACAUCAGAUGCAAAAUAUCUCAGUAAUAAAUUAUAUUGUUGGAAAUGGAUUUAUUAUUCCUAAACAAAGCAGAUUUACAAGUGGUUAUCAAGUAAUUCGAUUUGCUACUGAAGUUUUUCCAGCAUCAUUAGCAGUUGAAGGAAUACAGAGAAUAUCUUCAUUUUGGGCUAUUUGUUUUUAUGCAAUGAUGAUUCUUUUUGGGCUUGGUCAACAGAUUGUGUUGUGGAGCUGUGUUGUUGAAUCAUUUAUUUCUAUGAAAUAUAAAUUAUUAAAAUCAUGGCAGUCUACAAUAACGUUCAUCAUGUGCAAUAUUGCAUUUUUAUUAGGUUUACCAAUUACUUCUAAUAUUGGUAUUUAUAUAGUAUUUUUCAUGGACUUUUGCAUGGGAGCUUUAUGGUGGAUUAUAGCAUUAUAUAUGUCAAUGAUGGUCGCAGUCUUAUUUGUUAGAGGACAAAAAUAUGGAACAGAUAAAAUUAUUUUAAUGCUUUCUCAACAAACACCAAUUAAAGGUUGGAUUUUACCAGCCCUUACUUUUCAGUGGAAUGUCAUCUUACCAGUUUCCUUUCUGGUAUUAUUCAUUACAUUCCUACGUUCUAGUGAAUUUGAAGCAAAAUUUCCUUGGUCAGAACCUGUGGAAAAUUAUGCAUCAUGGUCUUUAUUAAUCAGAAGAUUGGCUGUCUGGUUUCAAGUAACACCUUUACUUCUUCUCUGUGUAUAUUGUGUUUACCAAGGAUUCUUAUAUUUAGUUCCAAAAUCGGAUCUAACAUUUUCUCAGAGAAUUCAAGCUUGGUGUUGUCCAGUCAUCGAAAUGGAAAUGCCUAUUGAAAGCGAAUCACAGAGUGAAUCGAGUACUAGUUCUCAAGGAGGUAUCAUUAAUAGUUGUUAUGUGGAUGAUCCUCCACCGAAAUACACACCGCCUCCUUCCUAUUCGACAGCCACUGCAAGAAUGAUGAUAAAGCAGCUUAAUCCGAGAAGUUCGGUUGAAAUAGAAAGCACGCUGAGAACGGCCAAUGUCAAUCUACAGAGAACGUUAGAUGGUUCAAUGUAAAUACCUUUUACUGAUGAAAUUUGCUGAUAGUGCAGCAGAAAAAAAAAAUUUUAAUUUUUCUAAAAAAUGUUGAAAUAAACUGUAAUUAUUUUGUUUUAAAAAGUGCCAGCAGAAAUUUUUAUGAUUAAUGGGGAACUGAUUAAUAAUGAAAAAUUAAGUGAUUUCAACGUCAUGUGAUUUUUGACAAUCGUAAUCCAGCAGGUCUGGAUAAUAUCAUCUCAGGAAACCAAAUCUUCAGUCCAAAAGAUAAUCUGGUCAUUGGAAUUUUUCUUUUUUUCUUGUCUUUAGAGAGUUUUCAAAUUGUUUUGUUUUUGUGUGUUUAUAUUUGUUCAUUUUAAUUUGUAUUUUUUUUUAAUAUAAAGCACAUAUGUUGCUUUUGAAGAAGCAUCUUAUAAAUUCAUAUUUUAUUAGUCACCAAAUUUAAUUUUUUCUGUUUGUAAUUUAAUGCUGAUAGAUUAUUUGUUUUUUUAUAUUUAAUAAAAACAAUUAAAACAUUCAUCCUAGUCUCACCAAAUUAGACGGUAUAUUUUAUAAGU